AUGCAUUCUCCGAAAAGAUCUAUUGCUCUCGUAGGUGCUGGAGUCAUAGGGAUGCCUAUCCUCCGAGCCCUGCUCAGUAGUCCCAACCACCCCAACGUGAUUGUCCUGACACGCCCUGGUUCCAAAAACAAGGACCUUCUCAAUGACCUUCCCCCCGUAUCGCCGAUAGUAAUCCCGGUUGAUUACACAGAUACUUCUGCUCUCACUGCUUUGUUCAAGAAGCUCUCUAUCGAAAUCGUAAUCUCUGCACUGGCAUCAACAGGGUACAACGCUCAAUACAAUUUAGCUGAUGCAGCAAAGGCGAGUGGGUCGGUAAAGCUGUUUGUGCCUUCUGAGUGGGGAUCGCCAACGGAGGGCGCGAAAGAUAAAGGCGAAGAUAAUAUCUUCGCCAUUAAAGAUAGGGUAGCUGAAUAUUUAAAAUCAAUUGACCUGCCAUAUACGCGAUUCUUUACGGGACUGUUUAUGGCCUACGUUCCUUGGGUUGUUGGAGCUGAUGUGGAUGGUAAGGCUCACAUUCAAGGCAAAGGAGAUACGCCCUUCACGGUCACUAGUCAAGAAGAUAUCGGAGGGUUUGUCGCACACGUCCUUACUUCCUUACCUCUUACUUCACCCGAAUUGGUGAACACUUCCCUACGAAUUCAAGGUCAACAGAUCACCCUUCGCCAGUACGCUCAAGUCGCCAAUAAAUCGAUUGUCGCAGUGACUGAGAACGAGGCAAUUCCUGGAAAUACCGAUGAGGACAAAGCCUUGAAGGCAUUUUUACAAAAACACAUAGAAGAGGGGACGGCUACUACAGGAUGGGAUCAUAGGACCGAAAGGGAGAUAGAGGGAGCAACUGGAAGCGCGAAUAAAAUGUGGGAAGGACACGUCUGGCAAACGAUAGAGCGCACUUUCUAA